UGGGUGGGAGAACUGAGAUUUGCUGGAACACUAGUAUAUAAGCAAUGAUGUGCUAGAAAGUUCAUACAGACACACAGGCACCUGCCGGUAUCACAUUCCUCCGCACUGUGUUUAGUAUUUCUCAUUGUGUUUCUCGUCUCUGAAUCUGUUUCCUCUGCUGAUUACAGAAGUUUAAUUUCAAUGAACCUGAAAUCUUCCUCUGCUUUCCGAUCUGAGCACAGCUUCAAGCAAAGCACCUCAUCCACCGGUCAUCCCGGGGAAAAAUUAAUGGACAAGUCUCUGGGCAUCUUCGGUGAUGAAUUUGGUAAAUUCAGGAGGCCACACGGCGAAUCCCUGGUAUUCUCAGGCAAGUUGGAGUCACUUAAAGCUGGAGCAGGGGGUGCUGGGAAUGUGAAGACGUUGGGGGACACUUAUCAGUUUGAGGUGGACGUGAGAGACUUUUCUCCUGAGGAUAUCAUUGUCACCACAUCAAAUAACCAGAUCGAGGUCCAUGCUGAGAAGCUGGCUGCGGAUGGGACAAUAAUGAACACAUUUACCCACAAGUGUCAGCUGCCCGAAGAUGUGGAUCCUACCACAGUGACCUCUGCCCUGGGAGAGAGUGGCAUACUCACUGUCAAGGCAAAGAGACAUGCCAGCAAACAUGCUGACCACCUACAGCAAACUUUCCGGACUGAGAUCAAAAUAUAAAGAGUGUGAUGAGUUCCAGAAACAGGUGGUCAGAGGGCUUUGGCCUCAUUUGCUCAUCAAAUAUUCAAGAUUUGUAUGGACACCCAAACAAUCAUCCUAGAUGGGGUUGUACUGAUGAGGAACUUACCAAAGGUUUUAAUGAGUGGUUUGCACUGCAUCACAAACUGUGUUUAGUUUUUGUUUGUCACUUGUGUACAUAACAAAUGCAGCAUCUGCUGGUGUAAGGACUGGUAGUGAGUUUUGUAUUACACACAAGUUUCAUAGCUAGGAUGGACAUUCCAAAAACAAUGUGUAGGUCAUAGCAAGCAUCUGUAGGCACCAAAAAACUAGUCAGGUAGCAUUGAAAUAUGUUGCAAAGAAUGCUUUGUGGGAUAUUUCACAUGUUAUAGAUCAGGGGUGCCAAACACUGGCAUGCUUGCUAAGGUGGCAUGCAAAUAAUAUUGUUUAUGUGUGACAUGCAGUGCUGCCCCUAGACUACCAAAAUGCUGACCACUGGUGGUUACGUGGUACUAUCCGCAAGAAAAACUUUUAGAAAGUUAUUGCUAAUUUGGCACACACCAUGGGCAUCCAAAGAGGGGGAUAUGAUGGGCAAAUGCCCUCUCCUGAAAUUACACUCUUUAUAUUAAAUCAUAAGCACCCACUGGUGUCACUCUUUUGAUACCAAUAAGCCAAUAUUUUUAAAAUGAUGUGCAGCUCCUGUGUACAACAAGCGACUUUAUCCUGCUGAAAAUAUUAUUACUGAUAUUUUGUUCACUGUAUUUAUUUUUUUGCCCACCACCGGAAAUCUUUCUGCGGAGGUCCAUGUUUGCCACCCCUGUUAUACAUAAAAAGGAACGGGAAUUUGGUUAAAGCUAACCUGCGAAGUAUGUGUUGAUUUGUGUUUUUUCGUAGAGAUAAAUACUUUUACUAAGAUUUAAAUAAAACAUUUAAAUAAACAACUGAAAAA